GUCGCGCGACAGACGAACGUUCUGGCGCGCUCGCGCGUGAUUGGUCGCUUACCAGCCGUUUAUUUUCAAAUUCGUAACCUGGAACCCGGCGUCCGCGUGAUUCUGCCGCUUUGAUCUCCCGGUGAACUGUGAUCCGAUCGUUCCGCAGUAUGACAGAGGCGCAGCAAAGGGCUAAGUGCAUUACUCUGAAAGGUUCCGCCGAGUUGGUCACGCAAUACCUGCUUUAUGGGGUCAAUAGUAUACUCUAUCAAAGAGGAAUAUAUCCGCCGGAGACGUUUCAACCCUCCGAACAUUUCGGUCUGUUCAUCUUCACGUCCACGGACGAGAAGAUCACGUCCUUCCUGAAUACCGUGCUGGGACAGAUCCAAGAGUGGCUUGUCCAGCGUAAGGUGCGCAAGAUCACGCUCGUCAUAACGAAUGUCAAUACGAAGGAGGUGCUGGAGAAGUGGGACUUUAAGGUCGACUACGAGGACCAGAAAGAGAACGGAACGGACGGCAGCGGCAAGGCCGAUCUGCCUGAAAUAGGGACUAAGGAUGUGAAAACUAUACAGAAGGAGAUACGGGAAGUGAUACGUCAGAUCACAGGUACAGUGAGCUUUCUGCCACUCUUGGAUUGCCUGUGUUCCUUCGAUAUACUUACAUACACGGUACCGGACUGUAAUAUUCCCAACCAGUGGGACGAGACUCAGCCAGUUUUUAUUGCAAACAGUCAAGAGGUACAACUUAGAUCAUUCUCAACUUCUUUACAUAAAAUGGAUACUGUAGUCAGUUAUAAAAAUACGUGAGCCUAAGUGUUUGCCUUUUUGCAUAUAACAAUUGUAAAUACAAACUCCAUUUUAUGUCAGUUGCGUAUGUAUCAAUCACCAUUACCAAAGACUGCUCUAUUAAUUGUUACUCCAUAGAAACUGGUCCGGUUGAAUCGCAUAGCGAUACUCUUUUACAAUCUAUGACAGUCAUAAGAUUUUAAUUAAUAUAAUACUUACAACUAACAUGUCAGUUAUUCUCAACGCAUUUUGUACGAAUAUAUUUUUUUAAACAAGAAACCAACAGAUCUUUUAAAUGUGAGUAGAGUACCCAGAAGAAAGUACAAGUGAACAUAUUUAAGUUCUAUUAGAUAUUUUGGCCAAUAUAAAUUUAAAACGUUAAGUAGGUAUUAAAAGGUAUUAAAAUAUAAAUAAAUUCUAAUUUUUACUUUUUUUUUUAGUACUCUAAAACUUUAGUUAUAAAUGUAGGUCUAAGCUUACUUUUGUAUGAAAGAAAAGAUAAGGGUCAUAGGAAUAAAAAGGGUAAGGAAAACACAUGGAACACUGACAAGAGAAUCUUGGCAGAUUUUAUUAAAACAUAAUUGACCGUUACAUUUAAACACAAGAGUUACAACAUUUGCUUACUUGGCAAAGCAUGAGAGAUACGACUAGAAUAAAGUAUUUUCGCUUGUCGACGCUUUAUAAUAAUCACCUAACGUUAGCGUCUUCCAGCAUAAAGCUUCUCUCACAUGAAAUCUCGACGCUGAUACUAGUCUCAACCAUUUCCUAACAAUUCCUCGCGUUAUGUUCCAUCUCUAAAGCAUCUUAAAUGAAAUAACGUAUAAUCGAAAAAAAUAAUUCGAAGGUUCAGCGUCAUGCUCUUUUAAUUCAGGUAAAUCACAUUUUACGAACCUACCCAUAAAUCCAAGUGUAACGUAUUCGAUUAUAAUCUGCCUCACUUGGAUAGAAACAAAAUUCAGUAAUAAAACUUGUGCCUUACACACGCUAUCAUUUGUCCGCGAUGCCCGUUAAUCGGCACUCGAUCCUCGAUGACAAAUCUAAAUGAAUGAAUGAAUGCUUGCGUCUUAUUCGAAUAACCGCUACAUGUUUUGGAAAUUUCAUAUUUGUCUGGAAUAAACCCUGUAAAGAGUCUAAAGCAAUCUUAAAAUAAAUUAUCAAAAAAUUAGCAAAAUUUAUUGUAAGAAUUGUUAUGAAGAUGUUACGAAGAAUGAGCAUUUUAUUUUUGUAUCUAGAUACUUUAUUAUUGUAAGUAUCCAAGUUGUAUAUUUUUCAUGUAUAUCUGACCAUUUUAGAUAAUUAAUCUGCCACAUUAUUUUUGGAUAAACUAGUUAUAUUUAAAUCAAAAUUUCUAUGUACAUUUCAACCUACUUAAUUAGAAAUAUUUCAAUUUUUUUUUUUACAUUGCAAUCUGCAGUUGUAAACUCGUGUAUUCUAUUUUGCGUAAUAAUUAAAGGUAGUAAAUGAAAUCUGUUUUUUUUAGCGUAGGGAGAAGUCAAUAGUUUUCAGAUAGAGAGCGUAACAUUUUUAUUGCGUACUAUUCAUUAGGCGAUUAUCGUAAAAUGUGGCGUUGUUCUCGUCAAAGAGUAGCCAAUUAUUGGAAUAAAAGAGUAUCACUUCUUUCAUUUAUAUCUGCCACUGUUCCGAGCGCCAUUUCGUCGAAGGAGGUUGUUUCGGGAAACAUCGAUGGCGACCUAUACUUUUAUUAGUAAUUCGCCGUUACGUCUCCCUUAUAAUAAUUUCGCUAUUAACGUUAAUAUUUCGUGCUGCUAGAAUUAGCCAUAUUAUUAAUAGUGCGUAGUCUUUUUGCUAUAAAGACUAUCGCGGAACGCAAACGUCCGAUUCUCGUCCGCUUGGCUCGUUUUUUUGAGACAUAACGGUACUUUUGAGAAAAUAGUUUCGAGCAUUCAAGAUUGUAAAAAAUAUCCCGGACCUUUGAUGCCCUUUUAUGAACGUUUCAAAUUUCAAGGAUCUAUUUUUACAAAUAUCGAGUAUUUUGUAUUUAUGCGAAUUACAUUAAUAAAUUACAUUAACACGUGUUCUUCAGAAAUUUUCCGAAACGUCAAUGAAUAUUUCCGCGAUUUAUCGUAGCAGUAACAUUCUGCGGUAACUAAUAUAUCCGGUAUCAAUUUUUUCCAACUUUUUGAUAAGCAAAUUGAUGAAAUUUGAUGAAACUAGAGGAAUGUUCGGCGAACAGUUCGUGGAAUUUUACACAUUCUGCAAGAGAUGACUGUAGUUGUUAACGUCGUCGUUUCGCGAAUAUGACCGCGUAUAAUUAGAUGUUUGUAAGAUUUUCUACUCGAAAUAUUCUGUUUCUCAUCAAAAGCACGUGAUUUAUGCCAAAGUCGGACAUUACAUUCUCCGCAUCCAAGCCAUACGCUCUUUAAAUGUGUCCUAGACUAGUUUUGCUCUGCAUUCGUUUUUUUAGCUCACACACUGCGAAAGCUGCUGGAGAUACGCUGCAGUUUUACAAACGUGUUUAUCCCGCUGGUUCGCAACACCGUAAAAGAGCGGACAAUGAUGAUAAUGGAGUUUGCUGGGUCGUAAAUUAUUUAAAGUUCUCUCGCGAUGUAAAUUAGGUAAAUGGAAAUUGUUAUUAGAAAAAGCUAGUUGAAAAAGAAAUUGAAUAUAAUGAAGAAAACAUGGGAUUUAUAACACUGAGCAUUGGAAUCGGAUGUUACAUGCAAAUUAUAAAUUUUUAAUGCACAGAACUGUGCGUAUGAUGCUGUUGAGAUUGAUUUUAAGUUUUAAAAUGUAACAAAGCAAUAAUAACUCUAAAAAUUUUCAAUUAUUGAAAUGCAAUUUUGUUGUUAAUAUUUUACAAGUAACAAUAACAACACUUAUUUAGAUACAACAUCUGUACGACAAUAAAUUUGUCCCUUUUCAAUUCGUUUAUAUCUUUUUUCGUAUUGUGUUCUGUAAUUUUUAACGGAUCGCGACAAACAUUUCCUUUGGUCGCAAUUCGCAAUCUAUACGGUGUAGCGGAGCAGCGCCGAUCUUCAGUAACAUUAGGUAUGCGGUAAUUCUUUUUUAAAUACCGUAGAAACGCGUUUCUAGUAAAAACAUUGAAAAAUAAACAACGCGAAAUAAUAUACAAUAUUUUACAGUAGCGCUUAGUAUACCAGUGAUUGGGCAUCGUUCGCGCGAAACGGUGAUUCGCGUUAAUCAAGAUUCGCGAAAGUGUCGUCGAUCGGACCGUUCAAUCGUGUCACGAGCCUCCGUAUAAUCGCGCGGAUGCAAUUCGCGGAGAUCCUUACGAUCGUUAUCACGAUCGAACGUUCAUGGAUCGAGAGGGCAGAAAUCACAAGCGCCAUCGGUAAAGUACUAAUACCGGCUACGAUAAUGGAUAAAGUAAACGUCCCAUCGUUAAUUAAUCGCCGACGUGACGGACGCAACGUAUAUGCUCAACCACCGUUCCGCGGUCCCAUCCACUUCUCGUGGACCGAGAAUCGAUUCUCCUUACAAUGUAAAAUCGCGUUCGAUCGCGACGCGACGCGGCGUCCCCGCGCGAGGCGUGCGCAAAACGGCACGCCCCGAAUUGUCAUUUUAUUUAUACACCUCUACUUACUUAAUUUUACCUUGGACUAACGCUAUAUUUCGAUUUACGAUCGUUCCUCUUUCUUUUAUGCGUAAAAUAUCAUAAAAUACAUUCUUUCUUUUGUUCACUAUUCGCGGACUCGCCGUUUCGUCACGGUAAUUGCGCAUUUGAACUGAGUUACGAUAUUAAGCGAGCAAAUUGAAGAAUUUUCAUUGCGGCCAUGUCAGUUAAAUGUCGAUAAGUGAAUAAAAAUAGCGUUCAUCAAUAUAUACAUAAUAUUAUAUUUCCUUAUUAUAUAUCUUAGUUGAUUAAGAAAAUGGCCAAAAAAAUCGCUUUACAUUUUUUUAUCAUGUGCCGUUUUUAAACGGUAUUUUAACGUUA